AUGUCCGGGGUGAGGCGUGCACUUUCGCCAGGUCCUUCUUGGUGCAUUCUCUCAGAACCAGAUCCGAAUGCAGACAGCAACCUCACAUCGUGCUCAAGCUCGGACACGGAAUUUGAAGCUGAUCAGUUACUUCCCUCCGCAACCGAUAGCUCUCCAGCCAAUCCUAGUUCUCUGAAACGUCCCAAACAGACUGCUCUGAAUUUUUUUGCUCAAAAACGGGUGCGGAUUCAAGAUGAGACUGGUAAAGACGCAGCAGCGAUGAAUUCUCAAAAACGGUGUGUCGCAACAAAAUCGAUCCCGUUUCGUGUUACAAGUACUGUGUAUAUGAGUUCGAAGGACCAAGAGCUCAUUCAAAGUCCAUCGAAACCCAAUCGGUCUCAGAGAAAACCUUCUUCUAACAUGCGAUUGAGUUCACCUACUACUAGCAGUUCGUUUUCGCCACCGCCCCUUGAUCAGCUGCCAUCGUCACCUUCAGGUUCGAAAAACGGACGAAAGCGUGCUUCAGGUCAUGGUGUUAACCGUACACCGAAAGAAGGCCAGAUUCAGACAAAGACAAAUUUUCUGGGCUCCAUUGAGAUCUGUUCGUCUUCUGAGGAAGAUUGCGAGACAACGUCGACUCCGAGGAAGCCAGGAGCUACCAUAACGUAUAUUGAGAUCAGUUCGGACUCUGAGGGUGAGAAGGCUCCGAGGAAGCAUCGGAUUCGCCGUUCCGCGGAAACCAUUCAUAAAGCGACACCAAAACCCCCUUCCUAUUCCUCUGAGGCUACUUCAAGCAAGUCAUCUCUUUUCCUUAGAGAUAAGCAGGGUACCGAUUCCAGCAAUGUCUACAUUUGGGAUGUGAACAUUGCUGGAACCCGUUCCGAUUUUGACACGCAUCUCAGAAACGAUUCGACUUUGGAGGUCCCUCGAAGCAGUAGCGGAUCCUCUGAGCUUGAAUCUCCAACUUCAUCUCUCAACUCGCAUACCCCCAAAAUCUUUGAGAAAUCUUGUGCAUUUUUUGGGCACAGUAUGCCAUCGAACACGACGCAACCGCAAGCUUCCUCAUCCUCUUGUUCCUCGAGACGAGGCGCCUCUUCAAAUCGCGGUUCCGUUGUUCCCGAAAAGGAAGUAGUCGACUUUCUACGCUCAUGUAUCACGAAACCCAGACCGAAGCCUCGAAAAAUUCCUCCUAGACGGCAGACUUCUGCCAAUAGGAAUGAUGAUGAUGAUUGGGAUUUUUCGAGUCGUUUUCGAGGUUGGAUCCGUUGA